GCCCAACACCACCGUCGUCUAGACAACAAGGCAGUCACAUCCGAGUAAGAGAACGACAUAGUAUGAUUUUACUUACUCUUGUGAGAAAUGGCGGCAGAUUCCGACAUUUUUGCACAGCUUCCGUUGAGAAACCGGCCUUCCUUGUCUCGAAUCAGUUGAAUGAUCAACUGAAGUUUCUCGUCGGCUCCGGAAACCUGCAGGAUGCUCGCCAAGUGUUCGAUAAAACGCCUCACAGAGAUGUCUAUUCAUGGACAACAAUCAUUCAGGGAUACAUAGCUGCAACAAACUACGACGAAGCACUCCUUCUCUUCUCUGCAAUGCACGUCGAUGAUCCUCGUGUCUCCGCCGACUCCCACGUGCUAAGUGUUGCACUCAAGGCUUGUGGUCAAACUUCCAACUCUUCAUUCGGAGAAUCUUUACACGCUUUUGCACACAAAACUCAUCUCCUUAGCGAUGUCUACGUGGCAAGUUCUUUAUUGAAUUUGUACAAAGGAACUAAAAUGAUCGACAAGUGUUGCAGACUUUUCAGCGAAUUGCCUUACAGAAACACAGUCACAUGGACAACCAUCAUCACGGGACUUGUUCACGCCCGUCGUCAUAAGGAAGGCCUUAUGUACUUCUCGGAGAUGUCGAGGUUCGAAGGACUACCCGACACUUUCACGUUUGCGAUCGCCUUGAAGGCUUGCGCCGGUCUGCGCCAAGUUAUAUACGGACGGGGGAUUCAUACUCAUGUGAUACUGAAAGGCUUCGUCGCCGUCCUCGACGUGGCUAACUCCCUCUUCACGAUGUACACCGAAUGCGGGGAGAUGCAAGACGGGCUGCGUUUGUUUGAGAGUAUGAAAGAGAGGGAUGUGGUCUCGUGGACGAGCCUUAUCACUGCUUAUAGUCGUAUAGGUCAAGAAGAAAACGCGGUGAACACUUUCUUGCAGAUGAGAAACUCUGACGUACGUCCUAAUGAACAAACGUUUGCGUCUGCGUUUGCUGCUUGCGCGAGUCUUUCUAGACUUGUCUGGGGCGAGCAGCUCCACUGUAAUGUUCUCUCUCUAGGGCUAGGAGAUUAUUUGUCAGUGAGCAACUCGAUGAUGAACAUGUAUUCGACGUGCGGCGAGUUGGUCUCUGCUUCUGUUCUGUUUCGAGGAAUGAGAUGCAGAGACGUCAUUUCGUGGAGCACGAUCAUCGGAGGUUACUCUCAAGGCGGCUUUGCGGAAGAAGGUUUUGAGUAUUUCUCGUGGAUGAGACGAUCAGGGACGAAACCUACGGAUUUUGCUCUCGCGAGUUUGCUGAGCGUUUCGGGGAACUUGGCGGUUCUUGAGCAAGGCAGGCAAGUUCACGCGCUUUCACUUUAUCUCGGUUUAGAACAGAGCCCCACUAUACGUAGCGCGCUGAUUAAUAUGUACUCGAAAUGUGGAAGUAUCGUAGAAGCUUCCAAGGUAUUCGAAGAAACAGAUAGAGGAGCUGACAUCGUUGCUUUGACGGCUAUGAUCAACGGAUACGCAGAACAUGGAAAGAGCAAAGAAGCGAUCGAUCUGUUUGAGAAGAGUCUAAACGUUGGUUUCAGACCCGACGCUGUAUCUUUCAUCAGCGUUCUCACCGCUUGCUCUCAUUCGGGUCAGCUUGGCCUAGGUUUCCACUAUUUCAACUUGAUGCAAGAGAAGUACAACAUGAGUCCAGCCAAGGAACACUAUGGUUGUAUGGUUGAUCUGUUAUGCCGAGCAGGACGGCUAUGCGAAGCAGAGAGGAUGAUCGACGAGAUGCCGUGUGAGAAGGAUGAUGUAGUAUGGACCACGCUUCUCAGAGCGUGUACUGCCAAAAGAGACGUUGAAGUUGGAAGAAGGGCGGCGGAGAGGAUUCUAGAGGUGGAGCCUACUUCUUCUACGGCACUUGUAACGCUAGCCAAUAUAUAUUCAAGCUUAGGGAAGUGGAAAGAGGCUGCAGUUGUGAGGAAGAGUAUGAAAUCAAAAGGCGUGAUCAAAGAGCCAGGAUGGUCUUCAAUUUUGAUCAAGGAUCGGGUUUCAGCUUUUGCAUCUGGCGGUCGUUCCCAUCCACAAAGUGAAGAUAUAUACAGUGUGUUGGAAUUACUAGUAUCUGUUGCUGAGCGUCUUAGAUACGGUUGUGAGAUGAAGAGAGAUUCCGAGCCAAUUCAAAUUUUGUGAUCCUUAGUUCUAAUAUGUUCCGGACAUCCCUUAUAUAUUAUUUGAGAAACAUUGCAACA